AUGCCGACCUCAGCUCCUGACAAGCCCCGGCGCUCUCGUAUCACCGCUGCGUGCGCUGUGUGCCGUGGCAAAAGACAGAAGUGUAGUGGAGAAAGGCCCGUGUGUGAUCAGUGUCGGCUGCACAACGAGGAGUGCUGGUGGAGUGAGACGAAGAAGCGAGGGCCGGCCAAGGACUACCUGCGCUCGCUGCAAGACCGUCUACAGGAAACAGAGCGCCUGUUGCUGGCACUCUUGCCACGCGUGACUGACGCCGAACUGCUGGAUGUGCUGCACCGCCACGCCGCCACUUCUGCCCAUGCCCCGAGCCACCAGACCUGGAGCAGUGCCAUGUCUGGGCAGGAGCACUGGUCGCACUUUCCCUUGACAAGACUGGACUCUAUCCGCGCGUGGGAGAAGGCGCGUCAAUCCUACCGAUCGACGACUUCGACGCCCGCGGCUCAGCCCGAGCAGCAACAACCCCAAAGUGUCUACGAUCCUUCCCUGGAAGUAGAAGGGGCAGCAGGAACACGGCCGCCCUAUCAUGCCCCCCCACGCGAUGGCACUGUCGCUGUCGCUGUCAUGCCCUCGCCCUCUUCUUCCACCCCUUCUGCUGCUAGAUCUGCCAUGUCCGCCAUCCACCAUAAUGACCCCUUCCCAGCGACCUCCUCUGCCGUCCACACGCAACACGACGCCUGGCCGCAGACGGAGCACGUUACUGCCGCCGCCCGCACGGAGCGGCGCUAUAGCGAAGAGACGAGAGAAGCCGGCGAGGCCUUGUUCUCGAUAUCCAAUCACACGCGUGUCGCUCAACAACAACAUCAUCAACAUCAACAGCAGCAGCAUCAACAUCAACACGUGGUGCCGCAGCCGCAGAUGCAGCCGCCCAGUCAACCUUGGCCACCUUCACCGGGAAGAGAGAAAGCGGGUGCAGCGACGCAUGGCGACCCAUCGCAGACGCACUUCCCAAAGCAUCUCUUCUGGUGA